UCACUAAAAAAUAAAUUGAACUCAAGCUUGUUUAUUUACGAUUUCGUUAACGAUUUUAUUAGGACUAAUUAAUAAUGUUUUACAAGACUAUCGCUAACAAGAUGAGUUCCUACGUAACAAUCGGUCCUCUAUUAACGCUAUAAAACUUUCAAACGGCGAUAUAGUUCGUCCAAUUCCGCGAUGUUACUAGAUUUGUAAACUAUCAACAGAAAGUAUUUGAAAUGUUACCUGCGGUGAUGUAUAAUAUGGAAGAGAAUUCUAGCGGUUUGAACACUUCUAACUCCAGUUUUAUGUCGUACGACGACAGUGUGAUACUGAAUAGUGUAAGAAGUCGGAAGAAAGUGAGCGAAUUGCCGAACUGUCCAGUGUGUAGUUGCACUAUAAGGCAGGGGGAGCUGGACAGCCACUUGGCGCUGGAGGUGGAGCGGCUACAGAAGUUGUCUAGCGGCGUCGGCAAGCGGAAACUGAGUGCCAGUCCCGGGACUUCCGGCGCCGUCGCCGGCUCCAGCUCCAAUGUAGAUACUGAAGGAGAACCGGAGGUCGAUGUAUCGGGAUGCCUGGGAAGCGAUGUUUAUCAGAGGAUACACGCUAACCGGCUGCGUCGCCUCCGCGCCCGCCGGCGCAGCCCGCCGCCGCAGCAGGGCGAGGGCCCGUGUCCGGUGUGCAACGUGACCUUCCCCGUGUCCCGUCUGCACCGCCACGCGCUCCGCUGCCUCAAGCGUACGGGCGCAGAGAUGGAUGAGGAUGUUCCUGACACCAGCUCCGAGGAGGGCAGCAUUGAUGUAGAGAACGACGAGCCACCAGAGAGCGGUUUCGGUUCGGAGUACCAGUGGUGCGGGCAGUGGCGCGUGCGCGCGACCGCGCUGACGGACGGCGAGCGGCCCGGCGUGCCCGUGCGCCGCGCCUCCACAGACUGCGCGCUGGUGGUGGACGGAGAUGAGGACACGGAGCUCUAUGGGCCGCCGCAGUACUCGCCCUCCAGGAUAGCGCAUGACGCUGACAUACCACCGCCACAGGACGAAGUGGAAGAGGAUACCAGUCCAAUGGAGAGCGACAGAGUUCCCGAGCACAAAAUGAAUGGACUUGUUGAAGCCAGUGCUGAGACCAGAAUCCAGGCUCUAAAAGCAAAAAUUAAAGAUUUAGAGAAGAAACAAAAUUCAGAGGCAAAGUGUCUAAUCUGCCUGGGUCCGUACGCGUCGCCCGCGGUGUCCAUACAGUGCUGGCACGUCUACUGCGAGGUGUGUUGGCUCCAAUCUUUGAGAGCCAAGAAGAUUUGCCCACAGUGCAACAUAAUCACAUCAGCAGAGCACCUGCGUCGGAUUUACAUGUGAAAUAUUUUGCUUAUUUAUAGUGGUAAAAUGGCAAAAACUAUUUACGUUGUAGGUAUAAGAAACCCUACCGAGGAUUUGGUAGGGUACCGACAAAAAUAUUAAAGUUUAAAGCUGAUCGCACAGUUUUCAGCAUCGUACGCGCUGUACGCGUCGAACGCAACGUAUAAUACACGAAAUGCGGACGAAU